AUGGCGGAAGGGUUACGAAGGUCGAUCCAAGACAUCAAUUUGGGAUGCGAUGAUGCUCCUUUUGUUCUUCCAAGAGAGGUGACCAGACAAGCAGAAGAGGAGAACCGUUUCACCAUAAUUGGACUACCGGUCAUGCCAAGGCGUCAGAAUCUCCGAGCAAUUAUUGCCUCAAUGCCCAGAACUUGGGGUCUAGAAGGAAUUGUGCGUGGUCGGAUCAUUGAAGGGAGACGGUUCCAGUUCGUGUUUCCUUCAGAAGAAGCAAUGGAAACGGUCCUCCGUAGGGGUCCUUGGGCAUAUGCUGAUCGUAUGCUCGUUCUGCAACGGUGGUCACCAUUGAUGGAUUUGGAGUUACUUAACUUCAUUCCUUUUUGGAUACAAAUCAGAGGAAUUCCCUAUCAGUUCAUGAAUCGUGAGGUGAUUGUUCACAUUGCAAGGGAGAUGGGUUAG